AUGGCACGCCGACAUUUCACCACCCAGCAAUCACCACUCCGCCCCAACAUUCGACACUCGCACUCAGGAUCAGGAUCAGCACCAUCCGAUGAUUGGAGGACACGGCCUUCGGUCAGAGUGUACAUCCCUUCCCUGCCAGAAGGCACCACUACGUGGGAGAUCUAUCAAUGCCUAGCACCCUAUGGUGGCGGUCAAGGAAAGAUCGACUCCAUCCGCAUCAACGAAAGCCGACAGGGCAACUUUAGUGCAGGGGCUACUGUCAUCUUCAAACCACCGCCACGUCGGGCGCCAUGGGAGCAAGCGAGAAGAGGUGGCGUUCAGCUCAUUAUUAAGACAAAGGAGUUCGAUCCCGUGACGAAGUUGAUGAAGGAUGUUGUGACACCACAUUCGAUUUCUGUCAUAUACGACAAAAUACAACCCUCAGUGGCCCGAAUCGAGAGCCCUAUCAGACCAGGGAUCAGCUAUCUACCGGAGAUGACCCUGAUUGGCGCUUCCAUCGAUUUCGGAUAUUUGAUCAAUGAGCAGUGUAUGGCACGUGUGGCGACGGAAUCUUCCCCACGCAAAGACUCUGUUCGGCUCGUUUUGAAUCUGAAGAAACGCGAGAUAGCCCUUCAUUUUCCAGUUGCUCUUGAAUCGAAAGGAAACAUUUCACUUAGGGCAUACCGAUUCCACGUUGCUUUAGACGACCAAUUCUCGAUGUGCGACACUUUUGAUGGCAAUCUCACCUCACUGGUUAUUCAUGUCUCAAAUCCACCAUGGUAUUCCAAGGAACUCAAGGAAGCUAUGCAGCUGAGCCAUAUUAAACAGCCACGUACAUGGAGCAGCGAGGAUGCCUGGGUUCGUCAGACUGAUAUCGUGGACCGCAGAGAAAAAUUCGAGAUGAUCAAUGACACCCCCGUCUCGUUGCACAAGGAUAUGAACUCAAUCAAUAUUGCACGAUGGACCACCUUCCGGUUCAACGUCAAGCCUGAGGAGACAGAACGUGGCAAGAGACCCCUUGUUUUGCAGAAUAUUCUCAACGCACUGAUGGAUUUCAAUGUUCGCGUGACUGGUAAUGCUGCAUUCAAGGUCCAGGAUAGCCCCAACAAAGAAGCACCGAUGAGGAACAUCUUACAGAGUCUCGCUACCAUUCGCCCAUCACAGUCGAUCUACCUCGACUUUCAAGUACGGUACCAGCUUGAGGUUUGCAUAUCCUCUGGAUGGCUGAAUGAGUACUUGAUCGACAUGUCUUUUCUGAAACGUCUCUCAGCAAUGGACUCCAACCGUGCAAAGCAGAUGCUCAUUCAUGUCGAUGCCCUUCAAACCCGUGUUUACAACCCCAUGGAUGUUUUUGAAGACAUCCGUUUCCAAAAACCUGUUAGAGCCAGAGCCUUACCUGCAAACUGCGAAGAGCUCCUCCAUGCUACAGUUACCGCAACUGCUCUAAUUUUGCAUACCCCAUCUGUCGAAAUCACAAAUCGCAUUGUUCGCCAGUAUCAGAAGUAUUCUGAUAGAUUCCUCCGUGUGCGCUUCGAAGAUGACUCCUACCGGGGCCAGUCACGAUUGUUCCCAGCAACCAACAACAAGAUGCUACUGCUCUUUGAGAGAGUCCGUCGCACGAUGAGACAGGGUAUAAUUGUCGCAGGUCGUCAUUACGAAUUCCUUGCAUGGGGAAAUUCGCAGCUUCGCGAGCAUGGGGCCUACUUUUUCGCUGCAGCCGAAGAUAUCACCGUUGAAACCAUUCGAGCACAAAUGGGCAGAUUCCACGAGGAAAAAAUUGUGGCAAAGCGAGCAGCUCGCAUGGGGCAGUGUUUCUCUACAACCAAACCUGUCACAACUGUCGGUGGUAGGCGAGAAUGGACAAAAGACCCUACACCUGAUGUGAUCAAUAAUGGUUAUACCUUCACUGAUGGAGUUGGCAAGAUUUCCCGAGCUGCCGCUGAAUUGAUUCAAACUGAGCUCAAACUACCUGCUGGCGAGCCGCCCUCAGCUUUUCAAUUUCGUCUUGGAGGUUGCAAGGGUGUAUUGGCAAUCGAUACUGAAUUUCGUGAUGUCAACGUUCUGAUUAGGCCUAGCCAGUUCAAGUUCGACAGCGAUUCCGAUAUCCUUGAGAUCAUCAGAGUAUCGGAAUACUGGCAGAGCUUCUUGAAUCGUCAAUUGAUUCUGGUCUUGUCCGAUCUAGGCGUACCGGAUGCAGUCUUCCUGCAAAAGCAAGAGGAGUGUAUCGCAGCGCUUGAUUCUGCUCUCUCAGAAGACGAAGCGGCUCUGAGGUCACUCCGAGACAAUGUUGAUCCAAAUCUGAUGACAACUAGUAUUGCCAAUCUCGUCGAAGCCCAGUUCCGCUCCAGAAACGAACCGUUUGCGAUGUCCUUACUGAUGCUUUAUCGUGCAUGUACGUUGAAGUAUCUCAAGGAGAAGGCCAAGAUCCCCAUUGCGAAAGGUGCUUUUGUCCUGGGCAUUGCGGACGAAACUGGUACUCUCCGCGGUUACGAGAGGGACAAACUGCGGACUGCAAGCACAUAUGAAGAAAAGGUUAACGCUUUGCCACAGAUCUUUAUUCAGUACACCAAUCAGCACACAGGUUCUCCUUGCAUAGUCGAAGGCAUCUGCUUCGUGGCUCGCAACCCUUCCUUACAUCGUGGGGACAUUCGAGUGGUGAACGCAGUCAACGUAGAAAAGUUGCGACACUUACGCGAUGUCGUGGUGAUGCCCACGGAUGGUGAUCGGGACCUACCCAGUAUGUGCUCUGGGGGUGACCUGGACGGCGAUGACUACAUCGUUUGUUGGGACAAGGACCUUAUCCCUCCAGUAUGGGAUGCUGAACCUUUUCAUUACAACGCACCCGACCCUGUGACGAAGGACCAAAUUACGACUGGUGAUAUCAUCAAUUUCUUUCACGAUUACCUACAGAAUGAUUUUCUGGGUCGGAUUGCCCACGCUCAUCUUGCAGCUGCAGACUUCUUGGACGCGGGUAUUCGGAGUCGACAAUGCAUCGAACUAGUCAAUCUUCAUUCUAUGGCUGUCGACUACCCAAAGACUGGUGUGCCUGCUCAAAUGCCUCGUGAUCUAGAGCGUGAUCAAUGGCCACACUUUAUGGAGAAGAAAGGUCGCCGUGAGUACAGAUCUCGCAAGAUACUCGGACGAUUAUAUGAUGCAGUCGAACGUGUCAAUUUUGUGCCAAAGUUGACGGACACCUUCGAUCCGCGAAUCCUUCACUGGAAACCAAAACUGGAACUUAUAAAUAUAGUGAAGGACAUGAAGAAGGAAUAUGAGGAGUCGAUGAGGCGCAUCAUGGCACAGCACAAGAUCCAGUCUGAGUUUGAAGUCUGGUCAACCUUUGUCCUAAGCCACAGCAAGGCGGCCCGUGAUUUCAAAUUCCACGAAGAGAUCGGACAACAUUCGAGGACCCUCAAAGAGGCAUACUACGAGAUCUUCUGUGAAGAGGCAGGUGGCAGAGAGUUCCAAAAACUCGCACCCUAUGCUGUGGCUGCAUACCAUGUCACGUACGAGGAAGUCAAGGAGGCCCUAUUUCGCAACGAAGCCACAGAUAGCAGCAGUGGUUCAGAAAUUCUCUCAAGUUCGACCAGUUCGACGGGAUCCUCUGCUAGUGAUAGCCAUGCAACUGGCUCAUCUGACACCUUAAAGCAACCUUCCCAUGUCGAGUCGGCCUCACAAGAGUUUCUGCAAAUGCCAAUGAUCAGCUUCCCCUGGAUUCUUCAGGAUGUUUUGUGUAAACUCGCUAUGCACACUCAGCUUGACGAAAAUCCUGCCAAGCUGGAUACUGCAGGGCACUCCAAGUACACUUCGGGGGUUGCAGAGCUGUUCGUUGAGGGAGGCCUGGCAACGCGAGAACAUGAGCAGGCAGGGUUUGCAGAUGGUGAAAAGGGGGAGAAUGAAUUGCAGGCGACAGCAGGCAAGAGUGGUCCAGGUCCUUCUCGGGAGCACGUUGCAAAAAUUACUGGUGAGCCUUCAGGCCAUGACCUGGAUGGAUUUUGUUACCAGCACUUCAAGGACCCGGCCUCAAUGACCGAGGCAGAGGUCGCUGCUGAGGUUGGGAUUGAGUCUCUGAUCAACUCGCUCGAUGGAUCCAAGUAUUAG